UCGAUUUGAAAACAUGGAACAGCGGAAUAAUUAUAUAAUGCUAUUGCUUAUAUUGCUCCUGCAAAUAUUUUGUACAGCUCCAGGUCAAGCAGUUUUUGCUGUCACAAAAGCGGAAUGUACCCCAUUGGAUUUAAAUUAUUGCUAUUUCAAACACUGUGAAAUGCGAACCGAUGCUAAAGGGCAAACUUCAUUAAACUUUCAUGUCGCAAUGCGUGAUAAAAGACCUGUUAAUGACGUCACUAUGAAUAUUAUCUUCUCUAGAGUUACAAAGGCUUACCGGAUGCAAAUAAUAAACGAGACAUUCGAUUUCUGUGCUUUCAUGGGACAGAACGCGCCUUCUCAAAUGUUCCAUUUAAUAAACCAGCAUUUUAAUAAAUACACGAAUGCUAAUCACUCGUGUCCUUAUCAGCACGAUAUUAUUUACUAUGGCAUCGACAGUGAGAAAUUCUUCACGGAGAUUCCGGCUCCUAAGGGUAACUACAUUUUGCAGAUGCGUGUGGCAGCUAAUAAAAAGUGGAGAACUACUAUGAAAGUCUAUGGCACUCAGAAUUAAUGACUAAAUAGCACAAAACUAAUGUUUAUUUUACAAAUUUAAAAAAAAAUAAAUGAAUUAUUAGCGCCAUC